AUGUCACAAAAUGAUCAUCUGAAUGGUAGCAUUCCGGACUCUCUGAACAAUCUUACAAAUUUAGUGUACUUUGACUUGUCUAAUAACAAGAUUGGAAAGUUGCCAAAGAGCAUUGGGAGGCUGCAGAAGUUGGAGGAGUUUCAUUUGUCCAAUAACCAAGUUCAGGGAUUUAUGCCUGCAAGCAUUGGGGAUCUAAGAAACCUGCAAUACUUGGAUUUGUCAUGGAAUAUGAUCAGUGGACCAAUUCCUGAAUCCUUUGGCAAUCUCACACUUUUGCAGUAUUUGGAUUUGUCUGAAAAUGCAAUAAAUGGAAUGUUACCAGAGAGUUUUGGAAAUCUUAGCCAAUUGCUGUUGUUGACAAUGCAGGCCAAUGGCAUCAAUGGAACAUUGCCAAAAGGCAUGGGGAACUUAUGCAAGUUACAGACGUUAGAUUUUACAAGAAAUUCUAUCAGUGGAGGCAUUGAUGAUCUUGUUGAUGGAUUGUCUAAAUGCGGGGAGGAGACAAAUGGUUCUGAAUCAGGAAGCACUGAUGGUCUAAACACACUAAGUUUGGCAAACAACAAGCUGAAUGGCACACUUCCAGAGAGCAUAGGCCAAUUAUCUCAAUUAUCUCUACUGAAUCUCUCUUCAAAUUCUUUGGUCGGUGUCUUAACUGAAUCCCAUUUUGCUAAUCUAGUGAACUUACGAGUAGGCCCUGUUUUUCCUGCUUGGCUCCAAAGUCAGACAAUGUUGAGCGAGCUUUGCUUAUCAAAUACUGGAAUUUCAGGUAGAAUUCCUGAUGGCCUUGUGUCUGUCACCAAUCUCCGUUCCUUACAUUUAAGAAACAAUGGUAACAUACCGACGUGGAUCGGUGAAAAACUUUCAUCUUUAAUUGUGCUUCGCUUGAGAUCAAAUUUCUUCAAAGGCACCAUUCCAAAGCAAUUAUCAAAACUCUCCUAUCUUCAGAUCCUUGACCUUGCACACAACGGCCUAUCAGGUUGUAUUCCUUAUACUUUUGGAGAUUUCAAAGCCAUGGUAGUCACAAAUCACAGUGAAUUGUUGUCUUUACUCUCCAUUCCACCAACCACAAUGCGCGGUUGUACUUUUCAUGAAAGUUGUACGGGUACUCAUACAUAUACCACAUUUCCGUACUUUGACUCUCUCUCAAUAAUUGCGAAGGGCCUUCAAAUGGAGUAUUCUAAGCUUCUAUCAUUAGUCACAAGCAUAGACUUAUCAAACAACAAGCUUUCAUGUGAGUUGCCUGAAGAACUGACAAAGCUACAUGGGCUACAUUUCUUGAAUAUUUCUUACAAUCAAUUAAAUGGAAAAAUACCAGAGAGCAUCAGUGACAUGAAGCAGCUGGAAUCACUUGAUCUGUCAGAGAACAAUUUAUUUGGUACCAUUCCUUCAGGCAUGUCUACUUUGAAUUUCUUGAGCUAUUUGAACCUAUCACACAACAAUUUGUCAGGAAAAAUUCCAUCAGGUGGCCAACUUCAGACUUUUAAUCCAUCAGCCUAUAAUUGGAAUCAUGAUCUUUGUGGAUCACCUCUUCAGAAUUGUGCUAAUGUGACACAGUACUCCCAAGGUGCAAACGAGGGAGAAGGAAAAGGUGAUUGGGCAGAGAUGUUAUGGCUUUACAUAGGUCUUGCAACUGGAUUCAUAAUUGGCUUCUGGGCGAUCAUCGGUACCUUUAUUAUCAAGCAAACCAUAAGAAUUGCUUAUAUCCGAUCUUUUGACAAAGUAUACGAUUGGCUAUACGUGAAGAUGGUUCUUGUGCUCCCUCUUCGUGUGUUGAAACUUUUUAAUGCUGAACUUCAAGGUGGUGGCAUUUAUGCUACUACUAAUCUGCCUCAUUAUCUCAACUUCACAUCUCUUCGUAUGCUUGAUCUCUCUCAUAAUUAUGGUCUGAACAUCACUCUGCUUCAAUGGGUGUUCAACUUCACUAGCCUUGUUUAUCUUGAUCUUUCUGGUUGUGUUUCUGUAUGGCAAGUUACCAGUCACAAGUCCUUGGGAAAUCUUGGUCGCUUGGAGAGACUUGAUUUGUCAGAUAAUGAACUCAAUGGAAGCAUUCCGGAAUCUCUGAGCAAUCUUACAAAUUUAGUGUACUUUUAUUUUUCCAAUAACCAAGUUCAGGGUUUGAUGCCUGCAAGCAUUGUCAAUCUAAGAAACCUACAAUACUUGGAUUUGUCAUGGAAUAUGUUUAGUGAAGCCAAAUUGGCUGAAACUAUGGGGAAUUUUGUUCACCUUCAGUUUCUAGAUUUGUCUCAAAAUGCAAUAAAUGGAAAGUUACCAGAGAGCUUUGGAAAUCUAAGCCAAUUGCAGUACUUGAGCAUGCAGGGCAAUGGCAUCACGGGGGAAUUACCAGAAUAUGUAGGAAAGCUGUCUAGCUUGUUGGAGCUUGAUUUAUCUAAUAACAACAUCAACGGAACAUUGCCAAAAGGCAUGGGGAACUUAUGCAAGUUACGGGCCUUGGAUUUAACAAGCAAUAUGAUCAGUGGAGGCAUUGAUGACCUUGUUGAUGGAUUGUCUAAAUGCAGGGAGAACAAGUAUGGUUCUACUUUGGAAAGUUGGGAGGGUCUAAUAUAUUUGAAUCUUGGAAACAACAUGCUGAAUGGAACAAUUCCAGAGAACAUAGGCAAAUUAUCUAAACUGUCUGAACUGAAUCUCUCUUCAAAUUCUUUGAUGGGUCUCUUAACUGAAUCUCAUUUUGCUAAUCUAGUAAGCUUGGCAUCUUUGGACUUGUCAUACAACUCGUUGCAAUUGAAUGUAAGUGAGAAUUGGAAGCCUCCUUUUGAUUGCUUGUCCAUCAGAAUGCGUUCUGUCAAAGUAGGGCCUGUUUUUCCCACUUGGCUAAAAACUCAGAAAUAUUUGAGGUACCUUUGCUUAUCAGAUGCUGGAAUUUCAGGCAACAUUCCUGCAUGGUUUGGAUAUCUAAGUCCCUCUUCUAGCUAUUUGCUCGAUCUAUCAAAUAACAAUUUGGAGGGGAGGCUAUCAACUUCUUUGAAAAAUUACACUUUCCAUAGCAUAGAUCUGAGUUCAAACAAAUUUGAAGGCCCAUUACCUGAGCUUGAUCCCUCCUCUUUGCAUGUUAUCCAUCUCAGCAACAACUCAUUCUCUGGGUCUAUUCCUUCAUACUUUGCUAAUGCUACUUAUAUUUAUGUUGUCUCUUUAUCUAAUAAUCAUAUUAGUGGCAGCAUUCCAUCAUUCAUCUGCAACCUUACUACCUUGGAAUUGUUUGAUGUAUCUAAUAAUGAUAUGUCUGGAGCACUUCCUAACUGUUGGAAUUCAGCAUCAGCAUUGCAAAUUAUUCAUUUAUCUGACAAUAAUUUUACUGGUAAAAUUCCUGAUGCCCUUGUGUCUCUCACCAAUCUCCGAUCCUUACAUUUGAGAAACAAUGGCUUCUUUGGAGAUCUCCCCUUGUCCUUGAAAAAUGGCCAACGUUGGUCACCUCGACCUUGGUGA